GAAAACAUGUUAAAGUAACGAAAAACCGUUUUACGUCACUAAGGCAUGGCAACUCUUGUCUUUGGUCCAUAUCCUCGAUCGUGUCUUCGUCUCCUAUACCUCCUGCCGAGAUCACAAGAGAGAGGCGCAGCUUUUCUGACGGACACCUUCAUUUAAUAAGACGACCAUGAAGUUUUCCCUGGCGCUGUUUCUGGUGGCGGCCGUGUGUCUUCUCCCCGGUCUCUGCCUCGAGGUCUGGGACACAGCGAACGACUACAUUAGCUUCGCGGUGAUGAAAAGUUGUCUGGGCGAAGAAUUAGCCGUUCAGAUGCAAAGGAAAGGGAUUUCCCUUGGUCGGGAAUGUCUUCAGAAUCUGGAACCACAGCCCGCGAGCCAACACGCCCGCAGCAGGAGGAAUAUAUUGAAGAUGCCCCCCAACCCUUCAGUCGGUCUGCAAGUGUGUAAUAUGAAAGCAUGGGAGAUGCUCAGUGGAAACGGCACAAUACAGUUCGAAAAAGUGGAAGCCUUCUUUCGAAAUGUCUCCCAUGACAAGACACUCCAAGACGAUUUUCUACAGCUCUCCCUUUCUUGCAAGACGUCUUCCCCGCCUACAGCAGGACUACAAGAAGAUCAGAUACUGAGUGUUGCAGUCAUUUAUCUCCGUUGUUUGAACGCGGGAGGUUUGAAGGCCUGCAUGGACUAUGAACACAGGAAAUAUUUUAAUGACUUGUAGAGCGCUGUGGAGAAGUUAGAAUUACAAUGGUUGAUAGUAAUGGUGAAGAAAUGAUAAUGAUGAAGAUGGAUAUGAUGAUUCAUAUGCAGUUAGUGGUGGUGGUGGUAGCGAGGACAUCUGCUCUAGUAUAAAACAUUUUACACUGCUCUUAUACAAACAAGGGAUGAUUGAAGUGAUAGAUAUUUUAAUAUUUUACAGCCUCCAAGUAUGUCAGUCACUACGAUGUUCCUUUUUUUUCCUUUUUAUAUGUAGUUCAUAAGCUAUUCAUGAUUAUAAUAACAUCAACAAUUACAGUAAUAAUAAAAAAUGAAAAUCAGAGCUAAUAAAUAAAAAAGCAACAACG